GGUACCGAUACGUGGUAUUAAUAGUACCGGUACCUGAUACGGUACUCCUGGUACUAUUAGUCAGUCCUUUGUAAAGGCUUUCAAUCGUCACCUAAGAAAGGCUACAGAUACAGAUUUAAGAGUGAGAGGUUGCGGUGCGACUGUGUGCCUCUCCUCACUCCUCAUUGCCACUGAUUGUUCUGACGCAAGCAAGAGAUCGUUUUGCUGUCCCAACUGUCCAACUUACGAUGAAAUGCGGGCAUAAGAUCGAGCUGCACAGAACUAACCACUGGUACUGUCAUGAGAACAGAAAGUCGGUGACCAACACCUCUCCGAUCUCCGAUCACUUCGCCAUUCUUGCACUCUACUGUCCCUGAACUACGGUUCCCACCAUCGAAAUGAGCAGCAGCACAACAUCACAAGCAAGUGAGCAAGAACUGAAAGAUGGCGACAAAGGACCAGAAGGAAGCAAGGGAAAAGGCAGAUCUCGAGGCAAACGGCCUGCAAGAUGAUGAUGCCACCAAGCAAAAGACGGGCAAGAAGGAAAGUCCGGGCGUGGCAACUUUGGAUAGUAGUGCUGCUAGUAGUCGAAAACGCAACCGGCGCCGGUGCAACCGGCACGAUGAAAAGCACAUUGAUCGCCUGGACCCUUCCCUCCGUCCAGGUGCAUAUUCCAAAGCCCCAGGCGUCGCCUUGAGGCGUAAUGUGACCCCACAGUACAACAUCACCCAUGGCCUUGUCGAAGCAGGAGGUAGCACGCAUACCAUGGAGACGACAACAGAGAGUACCACGGAGAGUAUCGGUAUGUCCGAGGCCACAGAUGGAUUGGCACCAAGAUCUCAAAUGGCCCUGCGAGAAUCGCUGGAGUUGCGAAAGAGAACGCUUCACUCGUUGGCUCUCAGUAUCAUGAGUGCGUCCUUUCAAGAUGACAUGGAACAACAGAAGGUUCAAGGAGAGGAGAUGAAGUCUACGGAUGGCACACUGACGGACACCCGAUCCAGGGCUUCCCUACGAGAAUCCGUAGAGCUGCGUAAGGCUACCAUCGCAGCAUUGGCUCCCCACAUCUUGACCAAAUCCUUCCAAGCGGAAAGCGAAAAAGCUGAACAACAUAGGUCCAAUGUCCCGAGUGCUACAGACAUGGUACGAAGAGACACCUCGAUUCUCGCUCAAGUCGAACCUAGUAGAAGUGACGAACACAACGAGCACGAGGAGGACCAUGACUCCACGACCACAGAAGAAUCGGACACGUCCAUUGAUGAACCAAUGUCCACCCAAGUCGAAGUAAGAACAGAGCACCACCAAGACCAAGGUUCCACUCCAAGCAGAGAGCUCGUACCACCCCAGUUCAUGCGAAUGUCGACUCUCACCUUGUCCCUGCGCUCUGGCCUGAUGAGCAACAGCGACGACUCUUCCUCGGACGACUCGUCCACAGAGCACGAAAGCGUCCCCGAAGACGAAAACAUCCUGGACCUAGAGAGCCAGCUCCGGCUCUUGGAUGCUACAUCGCUCCCCGUGGCUGCCGAAAUUGCAGACGACGAAGAAACCAUUCGAGAGCGUGUGGUGCACGAACUGUUUGAUGAUUGCUCUGUCGCCACGGUAGUGGAAGAGAACAAGCCAUUCAGCCACUGGUCAUCCGUUCUGUACACAAUUGUGGCUGUCAUUGUCAUUGUAUGUGUUAUAGUGGCUACUUCCAUGUUGGGUCAGAGCUUUGGCAACGUUGACGAUGGAACACACUUUGUUGUCAACGACACGACGAGCCCACAGGAUGCUGCCCAGCAAGAGGCAGGGUUCUCCACCAUUCUUGACCAUUUUGUCCUGGCCAGGGUUCCAGAGACCAUAUGCUACGAACGAGCCCCCCUCAUGGGAUCAAGUACCCUCUGCUCUCCUCCGUCUUCUUCUCAAGAUCCAAUGCUGGGGAGCGCCGUCACAGACUUGGUGGCAGCAUCCAGGCUCUGGAGUGUCCCCGAAGCUGACAUUUCCAUCCUCCAUGCCGGCGAGGUGGAUACCGACAUUGCCAAGGGCAAUUUCACGCUUGGCAUGGCCAAACUGCUGCUCCCACAUCAUAAUAACAGCACCCUGGUCACCAUGGAACUGCAAGGAUACCAAAUUGCCAUUGUCCUGGAACGCGCACUUCAAAAGCUGGUGGAUGAUUGGGAACUUCCGCAACUGCCUUCCCUUUCAUCCUACAAGUUUAGAGGAGACUCGUAUCCUUAUGGUGCUGGAAUUCGCUUCCAUGUCAAUAUGAGUCAGCCCUUCCCUCGUCGCCUGGACCAUAUUCAAGUGAAGAGUCCUCGCAAGACCGGAGAUCAAUGGGAGCCACUCGAAUAUCAAGGAGUCUCCUAUACUGUGGCGACGAGUUCGUACUUGGCUCGUGGAAUGGACGGAUAUCAAGAGCUUGGGGAACAAAAUGAUGUCCAGCACCACACGGGUCUCAACUCACUCGAUGAAUUCGUGGCAUAUUGCCAGCACAAAGGGACUCUGGUCAUGCCCGACCCAGAAGAUUUCUCCACACAACUGUAUAUUCAUGAUCCAAAACUAGUAUACUAGGCUCUCUAGCAAGAGAGCAGUAAGAUUAACAUUAGUUAGAAUAC